AUGUGUAGGUGGAACACAGGGCAGUAAUGGGUUGGAGGAUCGCUGUAGGUCAAAGAAUCGAAUUCGUCGCAAAGGUGUAAUGGUUGAAAUACCAGACAAUGGGUGUGUCAACAAUUGAAAGGUAGACGCCGUGAAAUGUGUAAAGUUUACUUUUCGACGUCCUUCAUUGGCUGAACGGCAUAAGUGGUCAUUUUCUUGAGAACAACUGCAGGAUGAGAGAGUGGUGGAUCCAGGUUGGACUCCUGACAGUGCCACUUAUUGCUGUCUAUCUCCACAUACCACCACCUUUACUCUCCCCAGCACUUAAUUCCUGGAGAAAUUCUGGUGCUUUCUUUCGAUUCAAAGGAAAUAAUAUUUUUUAUAGAGAUUCUUCAGGUGCAGUUGGAAGUUCUGAUGCAGUAUUACUUUUACAUGGUUUUCCAACUUCAAGUUACGACUGGUUCAAGGUAUGGGAUGGGCUGAUCCAGAGAUUUAACAGAGUCAUUGCACUGGAUUUCCUUGGCUUUGGUUUUAGUGAUAAGCCUAGGCCACAUCGUUAUUCAAUAUUUGAGCAAGCAAACAUUGUGGAAAGCCUGAUUGAUCACUUAGGCCUGAGAAACCAAAAAAUAAAUAUUCUUUCUCAUGAUUAUGGAGAUACAGUUGCACUGGAAUUACUCUUCAGGGUUAACCACAAUUCAUCAAGCCACUUAAUGAUUAAAAGCCUGUGCUUGUCAAACGGAGGUAUUUUUCCUGAAACUCAUUAUCCCAGAUUCUUACAAAAGCUUCUCAAAGAUAGUGGUUUUCUCUCUCCUUUAUUAACUAGGCUUAUGAAUUUUGUCUUUUUCAAAAAAGGGAUUGGUGCUGUAUUUGGUCCCUACACACAACCUACAGAUGAGGAUUUCUGGGAUAUGUGGACAGGGAUUCGAGUCAAUGAUGGAAACCUUGUAAUGGACAGUAUUUUACAGUAUAUUAAUCAAAGACUCAAGUAUAGAGACCGAUGGGUUGGGGCACUUACUAAUACUGCAGUACCACUGCAUUUCAUUUACGGACCAUUAGAUCCUGUGAAUCCUCACCCUGAAUUCGUUACUCGUUAUCAGGAGAUUGUUCUGCGUUCUACUAUAUCAGUCCUGGAUAAUCAUAUAAGUCACUACCCACAGCUGGAAGACCCUACUGGCUUUCUGAAGUCUUAUCUUAAUUUCAUUAACUCUUUUUAGAACUGUCUCAUUUAUGCUAACGUGUUUCAGGUGAAACAUAGAAAUUAUUACAGGUAAAAUUCCUUUGCACCGAAAUUUUCAUUACAACGAAGUAUUUUUAUGGUCCCGACAGUUUCCCCAUAUGACGCGAGUCUAUAGAAAUCUCAUUACUACCAAGUACAUUCAGCAGAUGCUUUCAAUACAAUGAAGUGCACAAAAGACCUUGAAAUGCCUGAAUGAAUCAUCCACAGAACAGUUAGUUCUGUGGCCGCAGCUCAGUUGUGCACAACUAUCCCCAAACAGAAACAUUGUAAUUUUUUUUUCUUUCUUCGAACUUUCCUCAUACUGUGGUUUUUUAUGAAGAGGAAAAGGAUGAUUCGGCUUCUGAUUGAUAACUGUGUUGCCCACAACAUGCUUCCACAUUCAGAUAAUGUUUGCAUUGAAUUCCUCCCACCCAAUUGCACAGCAGUGCUUCAGCCAUUGGAUUUGGGCAUCAUUCGCACCCUGAAAGUGUAUUAUCGCAAGGAAAUGCUGAGAAAAAUUCUCGUCAGCACAACUUGUAGGCAGGAGGAGAUUAAAAUUAACGCAAAAGAAGCUAUUGAAAUGAUUGCAAACGCCUGGGCGCAAGUUAAAGAAAGCACUAUAGUGACAAAUACCGAAUCUCAUUACUACGAAAUUUUCGUUACAACGAAAUAUUUUUUAGGUCCCUGGGAGUUCGUUGUAAUGGAAUUUUACCUGUAUUUAUUUAUGGUAUGGUGUGAUUAAGAUUAUUACAGAAGAGAUUUAUACUCAAGCGAAAUAUUUUUAUAAUGUGCAAUUUUCAUCAGUUCUAUCUUAUUUCUACUCAUUCGUGAAAUACUUCGUUUAAACAAAUGUAAAUGCAAUAAUGCUUCAGUCAUUCUUCAAACACACUAAAUGUAGUACUUUUAUUUUGUUACAUUAUACAAAUUGUUAAAAAAAAGCCUAGAACUAUUUUAAGCUUCCUCAUUGUGAGGAUGGGUGCUAUCUGUUGACCAUAUUUAAUUUUUUCAAAUGAUAAUUUUUCAUAAAAACAUAUCUGCUUCUGUCAUAGUGACAUAAAUAGAAAAAAGCAACACAGCAUUUAUAUUUACACAGACAUACAGCUGUAUGCAAAAGUUUUGCAGACCUUUAAUCUAACUGCAUGUCAUUCAAAAUCUUAUGUGAAAAGAAGUUAACACGUUCCCUUUAAACUAAUACUGGCAUGGUUUAAUUUAUUUCCUGAAUUUAAAGACUGGCAAUAGCAAAAACAAAUACAGUAAAUAUGGAAUACAAAGAAGUUUAGGAAUCAUGUCAGUCAGUACUUAGCUGUGGCUUUAAGAAAUUGUAGCCAAAGGAGUGUAAUUUCUUGGUUUGUGUUUUUCCCCACAGAUUCAAUAGCAAGUCUGGUGACUCUAAAGGCAUUUCAGAAUCUUCAUCUUUUGUUCCUUAAGUACUUGUCAGUUGGUUUUUUGGUAUGCUUUGUAUUGCUGAAAUCUCCUAUAUCUUUUCUAUUUCAUUGACUUUGGGACAAUAGCUUCUGGAAUGUGUUGAUAUUUAGCUGAAUCCUUUCUUCCUUCCACACCAGGGAGGUAUUACACAAGUGCGGUUAUGAAAUAGAGAAUUAGCCAAGUAAACCUCAUGAGAGUAAUCUACAUAUUCCAAUCGAGGCUCACUCAUUUCAGUGAACACAAAAUGUUUCUUGUUAACUCAAGAUGGGCAAUCCACCAAUAUGCUCACAAUUGAGAAAUGUAUGCAGUCCCUAGAACUGAUCUUCAGUAACAUCUGUCAUCAUUUGGAAAACUGAGCAGAGUGCGUAUGAUCUGAAGAUUGAGUACCAGUGACAUUAAGUGUGAAACUGACAGAGUGCCUAGUGUAUUAGGGGAUAGCGUGGAAAGGUUUAGAUAGUUUUAAUUGUCAUAGAAUAGAAGAACAUAUUAGAGAGGCAAUGGCAAAAUUCGGCAGUUGAUCUUUAACAACACAAAAAACAUAAUUCAUCCAAUAUAAAGAAAGCUUGAGAGAUUGUGCGUCAAUUUAUAGCAGAUUGAUGUUGAAGUGCAUUACGGGUCUGAAUUUGUGCAUUGCAUUGCAUUACAUAAUUAAAUAUUGAUAGCAAUAUUCCAUUUUUUUAAAUUCUUUGUAUUGCCCAGUUUUAUUGUAAACAUUGGUUUGUGAACGUCCUACUUUAAAUACUUAGAACAAUGAAGUAUUCAAUAGCAAUAUGAAGCACAUUUGACAGCAAUUGAAAAUUAUAUACAAGAACAUAAUUUGCGACACAAUUAUGAGAACCGAACAUUUAGUUGAAGGUAAACACAAACAUUUGUAUGACGAUAUUUAUCACGAGUAACAGGCCAAAUUUGACGGUUUUCAUAAUGUUUCUAUUUAACUGGCAUCUCCGCAGUUACAAAACAUUUUAUAUUUUUUAAUAUCUCACUCGUGGGGGAAAAAUAAAACAAUAUAGACUAUUAUUAAAAUUGUCAGGUCCAUUUAAUGAUUGAGGUGUGCAAUUGAACCUGUUUUAAUGAUUCUUUUAAUUAUUUUACAGUGGACUUAUAAAUACUUUCAUGACAUAUAUUAGAAAUAACAAGGGACUUUCUAUUUAUUAUUUUGGCUUUUGCUUUAUAAGUUCUUCAUAGUUUGUGGCACAGUAGCACAUUAGGGUUCCUCAUAGGCGGUCCUAUAAGACAUCUUUAGGCUACUUUAGUGUUUGAGGUUUACUGGCUUAGAACUGGUACGUUUUAUAACUGAUGAUUUUAACAUUACAGAACACCCACUUUUGAGGGUUUUUUAACCACUAUAAUACCACAUUUUAUAGCAUUUGUUAAAAAAAAUCCCAGAGCCUUUCUGUUUUUCUUUCUCAUCAAGUGGCAAUUUCAUGAACGUGGUAAUCCACAACACCCCACCAGGGGUGUGGACCAGGCUAAGACAUAAAGCUUUGAUACUUGGGUUACUAAAUGUGACUUGCUAUAUUCCACUUUGAUGGAACCGAAACCAGCUCAGAUAAGUCCAGCGCCUCGAUAUAAACAAAGUGCACUUUGUGGAGUACCCCCCAGUGCCAUUGUCGGCUACACAACUCCAGAGCAUAAUGAAAUACAUCCCUGUGCUUUAUUUACAGUUGGUGAAGUAUUUUUUUCCAUUGAAUGUUAGAUCAGUAUUUUCUCCAAAAAUAUGUUUUUAGUGGUGGCCAAUAAAAAUCCAAGUUUUGCUUCACCAGUCCCUAGCUCUUUGUUUCGAGAUGUUUUUGGCUAGACUCAGUAUAUUUUGUGCACUUAAUAAGCGACUUUUGUGGCAAGGUAAUAAAGAUUUUCUCAUGAUAACUCUUACAGAGGGACUACCACUUCAGUGUUAGCACUCCACAGGACUUGAAAAAUGGCUAUGCGGGCUUUGCAUUGCAUAUCUAGCCAGUGUGCACGCACUUCUAUCACUGACUUGUUAUAAACAGUAACAAGAAUAUUAUAUUGUUAUAUUUCUUUAUGGUGUUGCUGACAGAGGAAAUUUCAGACUGAAGCAUUCCGAUCUCUCUUUACAGCUCUCCCAGAUGUAUAAAGUGUAUCUUAUAUUUAAGUUCUUACUCAGAGACUUAGCAGAGCCAGUGACUUUUAAGAAAAGGCUUACUUAUCAUCAGCAUCAAAAGCUCAAGUCAAAAAAAAAAAAAGCUUUGAGGCCUUAAAAGUAUUAAUAAAAGCUAGAUUCAGAAAUAAUUAUUUAUUAAAAUGGACAGAAACACCCAAUUUGUUCUCAGAAGAGCCUUUUACGUACAGAAUCAUUAAAGAGUGAUGUCCAAAUAUUUGCAUACAACUGUAUAUUCAGAAUAUAAAAUUUCAUUUUAUGAAUAUGGACAGUGCAUUCUAUUGUUUUUAUCUUUCUGUUUACAUUUUAAAUAUAAGUAUUUUCCUACUGGUAAACAAAGCAGGUAUUUCAUGGAAUGCAUUCGAUUGUAUUUUGAAUAGCUAAUGCAAUAUAAAACUGCUUAUGCCAUUGAUCAUUAUUAGCACCAAACGUGUAAACUUUAGUAAAAAAAAUCCUUGUAUUCUUAAUAUUUGAUGCAGUUAUGUGUAUAUUAUAUUUAAUACAAUCAUUUCUAAUUUAAGAUACUGAACAUAUCUGAAAAAGCUCAUUUUUACCUGAUACAGAUUUAGGUAGUUGUUUUAGAGUUAUCUUACGUUAUUGGGUUAAGGAAAUGGAUGGAAAUACAAAAGAGACAGCACACCUUUUGCUAUUGUAUUAUAUGCCAAAGAUGAUGAUGUGUGUUCAUUGGUGUUUGAAAUAUUAUGGCAUGGCUACACUGUUUUAUAAUUUCAGAUUUAGGAAUGAAUUGAUAUUCUUGACAAAGUGCAAAAUGCCAUAAAUGUUUUAAUUAAUAUGAAACAACUAUAACUUGUUUUUCCACUCCAUAAGUUUAAAAAAAAACAUUUCUUUAGCAAAUACGAAUGUGGGGAUAUAAUUACUAAUUGUUUCAUUAAGACUUGCAACCACAAUUCUGAAAUGUUGUGUAGCGUACAAAGAUCAAUAAAAUAUCUAAUAUAAA